AUGCCGAUUGAGCCUAUUUCGUUUUUCUCAUCGAAUGAUACAGUUUCUGAUUCUAAUCCGUGUCAUUUUUCCUUGCGGCUCCAGUCCGAGCUCACCCCGCUGUGCGCGGCCGAAUACCAUGUUGCUUGGCAGCCAUGGCGACGUUAUACCAACAGCACGGAGCUGUUCACGCCAGUGGUAGCUGUCGAGCUCUCUAUAGUGCUCACACGUGUCGCGCACUCGUGGUUCCAGACGUACAGAGGACACAGUCGAACGAUGCCUUUGCGUGGUGGUUCCGGACGUUUUGCCAAGUAG